CUUAAGCAUUACUCAUCGCUAACCGAGACUGACUGCCAAGGCACCCGAAUUUCCAGAAAAUUCCAAAUAUUAUAUGAAUAUUAAAGGCAAACUUGCCAGACAAUACGAAAAAGCGCGUUGGAAAAACAGCUUUCAGUGAGGACAAGUGAAUGAGAGAAUCAAGUCGAGUUUAAUACAGCAAACACACGCGCACGCGACAUAGACCAUGGCCAAGUGGGGAGAGGGCGAUCCACGCUGGAUUGUUGAGGAGCGACCCGAUGCGACCAAUGUGAACAAUUGGCACUGGACGGAAAAGAAUGCGACGCCCUGGUCCAAGGAGCGAUUGCAACAGUUGUUCACGGACUUUAAAAUAGAGCAAAGUGAUAUCGAAUGCAUUGUGGAUGCGGUGGACAAGUGCAGCGGCGAGGCGACUGUCAACAACCGCAAGGGAAAGCUCAUAUUCUUCUAUGAAUGGGAAUUGGUGCUUAAGUGGUCCGGCCGCCUUCUUAAUAAUAGUAAACUGAGCCACAAGGGAAAGCUGACCAUACCGAAUCUUUCCGAGGAGAAUAGCCUGGAGGAUGUGGAGAUUACGGUGACCAUUGACGAGUCCAACGAUGAGUCGGAAACACUCAAGCAAUUCAUGUACAACGUGGGUCGUGAUAGAAUUCGCAAACAGCUCGGCGUCUACAUCAAGGAACUGAAGGAGGAGUACUCCAAGAACUUGAUAUUACCAAAGAAAAGUGCCGAUGGCGAUGAUACCGCUCUAUCCCAAGAUGCUAAAAAUGCCAAGAAUGCGGCCCAGAAGGCAGCGUCAGUGACAUCUGUGGCCUCGUCCAAGGCAUCCUCCAAGAGCCCAUCGAACACCGUCGGCUGCAAGCUGGACGUGCGCACACUCUCCAUGACCGAGGAGUUCCAUUGCAAUGCCAAUGAUCUCUACAAUGCCCUGACAAAGCCCGACAUGCUCACCGCAUUUACACGUGCUCCAGCUAAAGUUGACGCUGUCCGCGGUGGCGAAUUUGUCCUCUAUGGCGGCAAUGUGCUCGGCAAGUUCGAGGAGCUGGUGCCGGAAAAGAAGAUCCAACAGAGCUGGCGUCUGAAAAACUGGUCAUCUGGUCACUACUCCAAUGUCAUCAUCGAACUGGAGGAAACUUCAUCCAGCACAAUGAUGACGCUGAAGCAGACUGGCAUUCCCGCCUCCGAGUACGAUGCGAUGAGGACAAACUGGCAUCGAUACUAUUGGCAUAGCAUCAAGCAGACCUUCGGCUUUGGCAGCUCCAUUUCCGAUGCCUUAUAAGGAGCACCUCCCUCCCUCCUCGGUCAGAUUUUGCAGUAUACACUAGCUUCUGGUCUCUCGGAUUCCAAAUACAUAAACAGCGCUGCAAAUUUGAUAAUCAUCCACAGCAAAAAUCUCUAGCUGUAAUUUCAGUCCGACUCUGCACUCUGUUAACAGUUUUUUGAUUAUGGUAUUAAAAGUAUAUAUGUAGACGGAUUCACUGUACGACAGAAUCAACCACACACACACACACUCACAUUAUGAUUGGCGAAAUAAAUGAGAUAUCGAAAUUAAUGUUCAGAAUUCUUGAAGAAAAU